AUAUCAUUCACAUGGUGUUAACCGCAAACCUCCCGUUCAUUGACCAUGCGAUCAGUCCUUCAACAAAAAGCCUACAGAAAACAAUUGCCCUUGACGCAAGACCAUCCGACCAUCGUGACUUUGGGGGCGGUGAAACCGCGAGGCGAAUUUAAUAUUUAGCGGCGCCUCACCACACCAAUAUAGUCUUCACACAAUUCGCCUAUAGUAUACCAAAUAUCGCUGUAGCCUUGCCAAAAGGCAACGGGAAACCAGACAAAAACCACAGACUCGAAUCAAUUUUCUGACACUUGUGCAGAAACUUCUGCAAUAAACUCUGUGUUGGUGGGUUGAGUGUUACAACAUAUUAAGUUUGAAUGUGUGUAUGCGGUCCGCAUGCGCACUUUUUUAUUUCCUGGUUUAGAGCUUAAACAAUAGCUAUAUAAUAGAGAAACACACACGUAUAUGUCAGUUCCGGUUGUCUUUCACAAUAAAAAUGCAUGACAGUCACAUGUUCGUGCCGCAGGUCAUGGUUGGAAAUAAUAUUACUGAGUUAGAUUUACUUUGGUUUACACAAUCAUGGAGGUAGCGAGUCGCGAUCGCUGGACAUAUUAGACUUAUCGGCCAAGCAAUUUCGAUUUGCUCUUGCCGUGCAUUUGCUAUCAAGCAUUCAGCUGUCUACGCCAUGGCACCCCCUAACUAUAGCACCAUUACGGAAACUCAUUCGGUGAACAGCGAUGAACUGUGUACGUUACAAGAGAAACAUGAUCAUUUUCAACGGGCUUCACGACGUCUCAUUACGGUGGAACCCAUCUUGAUCUUAAUCAAUUUGGUUCAGGGGGCCCUCGUCACUUUACGGUACCAGUACAUCGAGCAUCGGCUUGCCGAUCAAAACAACUACACUCUACCGACGGGCAAGAAUAGUUGCGCCAGCCAGGACGAGACCGACAGGAACAUCGAGGAUCAGACAUCGCUUUGGGUGACAGGGAUGAAGGAUAUGUCGGUCUUCCCGCCGAUCGUGGUGGCUCUGGUGCUGGGCGCGGCCAGCGAUUUCGUCGGCAGGAGACCCAUGUUUAUCAUCAACGCCUCGGGGCACUUCUUGGGGUCGGUCCUGUUCCUGUGUGUCGCCAUCUUCAAGCUGCCGUUGCCGUUGCUCAUCGUGGGAGAGCUCAUGUUGGGUUUGGCUGGGGAUGCCGUCUUCACUGCCAUCAUUGCCGAGGCUUACGUGGCCGAUAUCUACUCGGGUAAAGCCCGUACCUACCGGCUAGUCAUCAUAGAUGCCGUGAUCCUGUUCUCCUUUGGUAUCAUCCAGUUCGGUAUUGAUGAGAUUCUCCAGAAUACUGGCAUCAACUUCAUCCUCGUCUACGGAAUCACUGUUGGGUUGGCUUUGCUCAACCUCCUGUACACCAUCACCCCGUGCCUCCUCUUAGAAACGGUGAAGCGGAGGCCUUUCCCUCGAGGCGUGCUGAAAGAAUUGGCCCUGAAUAUCCUGUCUCUCUUUGGCAGGUCUCACGCUGGCCGUAGGUGGCGCCUCUCGCUGUGCCUUGCCAUUGCUUGUCUGUGGACUCUCAUCUUCGAAGCGGUGGGAGGCAACAUCAUCAUCUAUGGACUGUCUCCACCCUUCUGUUGGUCGCCUGAGAUUGUGGGUGCAUACGGUGCUAUCAUCAACGCGUUACCAGCAGUAGUGUCCAUUGUUGCGGUACCAGUGCUGCGCCUGUGCAUGUCCACAUUCUGGAUGGUGUACAUCGGCUUCGCUUCGGGUAUUGGGUAUAUGAUCGCCACAGCACUAUCACCUACAAACAUCUGGCUGGCCUAUAUAGCUCCAACGAUAGGCAUGUUCCUACUGGUGCCUCUGCCGAUCGCAAAAACAAAAUGUUCUGAGCAAGUAGGGGAAAACGAACAAGGUGCGGUGUUUGGAUGCUUAGCCGUUGUGAUCAGCUUAGCUCGCUUCAUCUCGCCCAUAUUACUGAACGGAAUUCUGGCGACGGAACUGAAAAAGCCGAAAGGACAGCGUCACCCCAACGUGACAUACUACGCGGCUGCUGGUAUCCUUCUACUGCCCAUCAUGAUCAAUGCGUUUCUGCACAUCACCCAGCCCAAGGUAAAUGACUACAAGCGCCUAGAAGACAGUACUGUGUGUCCUGAGGAGAGGGGGUACGACGCCUGCUGCGACGAGAAAGACCUCCUCAACAAGCGCAACUAAAGCAGGGCAAAUCACACCACGCAGUUUCCAUAUUAUGCAAUGCAUGGAGGCAAGACAACAAAUAUACUGCAACCUAAACCAUUUCGGAGUUAAUUAAGUUUUUUACAUUUUUUUCCAAUUCACGUCUCGCUUUCUUCGUGGAGAUUGCUUGUAAGUUGCUUGUAAAUAGUCCUGGAACAAAAUGACGUCACGCUCUGUUUACAUGAGCGUUUUCUUACGGGAGUCACUAAGCUCCCAUUGGAGGGGGGUUCCUGUACACAAAGCGUGACGUUGUGACCAUGAGAGAUUAAGCUUGAAUUCGAGUCUGAAUGUGGUCCUUCGUUAUCCACUAAACAAAUUUUGUCUUUCAACAUUUUAAAGUGCAAAACACAAGCGAAAAAUCGCUUCUUCUUUGUUCUGGAAGUGAAAAUAAAUAUUCUGAAAUAAAAAAACGCCAUCAGAGGCUUUUAUUUGAACGCUACUUGGAUUUUUAAAAAUGGAUUAAGUUGAGCUGCCUGUAGGAACAUUUUGUGAAGUGAUGCAAUUUUUGUAUUUUUUUGAGAAUACGUAUAUUUCUCCAUUUAAGUGGCUUUGUGAUUAUAAUAAUUCGUAUCUAUGUGAUCUCUUACUUUUUGCUUGGAUACACCUUUCAGUAUUAUUUUUUUGUAAUUUUCUCUCUUUUUAAAUUGUGAUCGGCCUUGGCUUUUAAGUUGUAUCUUCGUGAAGCACCUUGAGCGUCUCCUAGGCGGACUUUGGCGCUAUAUAAAUGGUCCUUAAAAGUAUUAUUCGGGAAAUUUUAGAUUUUUACCAAUGGUAUUUUAACAAUUAACAGUGAUAAGAUGGAAGAUAUGAACUGAUAUAUAAAAGCUUUGCUCGGCAGAGUAACAGGAACAAGCGUCAACCUAAGAAUGUGUUGGUAAUAUUAACUCGAUUCACUUUAUAGAUUUAUCACAAUUUUGAGCUUAUAAUCACUGAUUGAAUUUUUGUAAUGUUAUUUUUGACGUAAAACCAAUUCAUAAUAUGUAUACACAUACAGGUUUGAAAUAUAAAAGAAAACUCGAGUUGAAAACUUAAAAUUAGGUACGGAACCAAACAAGUAUACUGUUGACCGAUAAUAAUAUUGGCCAAACAAUUCGCGUCAAUGUAUAAUUUUAGAGUAAACGUUAUUAAAUACAACGUGACAAUA